AUGCCACCAGUCUUUCUAGCUCCCGAUAUAGAUGAAGACUUGAUCGAGCGUGACAUACAGCUAACGGAGGGAGGGAUGCGCGUCAACACCGAACUUUUAAAUAACGAGAAAAAAGGAUUCAAGCUGCAUCAUCCAUCUUACCUCGUCAAAUGCGGAAUAGAAGCCAUUAUCGAGGACUCGGUCACAAAACGGUUUACAGCGGCCGAACUACGAGUGUGGAAUUUUCUUAGCCGCAAUCAAAGUUACGUGUACAUGAAAAAAGAUCACCUAAACGUGUUGCUUGCGGUUUGGGUUUUGGGAUUUUUCAUACGCUAUUUCAUAUUUUUCCCCUGCAGAAUUGGAAAGUGGCUGCGAACCAGUGGUCUUGAAAGUUCCGUUCGGUUAAACUUGUGCCCGUUCUCAGCCGUGAUUCGAUUUCACAAUGUGGAGAAUCGACCGAAACCGAACACAAUAUGUGUCGCCAACCAUACGACACCAUUCGACUGGUGCGUGCUUGCCUCAGACGUGACUUAUGCUGUGGUUGGGCAGAAACAUGCCGGAUUUUUCGGCCUGGUCGAACGCAUCAUAUCCGCCGCGGUCCCGGCUGUCUGGUUCGAUCGAUCUGAGGUGCUUGAUCGACAUCUGACGGCUGCUCGUCUGAAGGAACAUGUGAAUCUACCGGACUCUGAGCCGUUGCUCAUCUUCCCCGAGGGUACGUGUAUCAACAACACAUCGGUGAUGAAGUUCAAGAAAGGCUGUUUUGAAGUUGGUGCACCAAUUCAUCCGGUGGCGAUCAAGUACAACCCCCUGUUUGCAGAUUGUUUCUGGAACAGUAGUCAAGACAGUCUGUUACAGUACACUUUCAAAAUGAUGACUUCAUGGGCUAUGGUAGUCGAUGUGUGGUAUUUACCACCAACCAGAAUACGUCCGGAAGAAGAUGGCAUUGCAUUUGCUCGACGAGUACAACAGAGUAUCGCUCAUUGCGGCGGUAUGCUUGAUAUGGAUUGGUAA